GGUGUUGGGCGGGGUCGAAUUGGACCUAAGAGUAGAGGUUCAUUCCACUCUCCCACUAUGCCCUUUUCUUAUCAUCCUAGAUCUGGAUGCCCUUCAGGGAACUUAAAAACCAGCGAGUCCCGGAAAGGCCUCUGGCAAUUGCCAAGCGGAUGGCCUUCUGCCACUUAGUUAUGUGCACCUGGCAGCUUAGGUGGCCGCGGAGAAAGCAACUUUGGCUGCACCAAGGUCCGGCACAAGUCUAGAGAAGCUUCAGCCAGUUCCAGUGAGUUGGGAUAAAUGAAACGUGGAUAUACCAUAGAAGUCUGUCCGUCUUACUGGAUAAGCGAGCACCUUUACCGGGGAAGUUGGGUAAUAGUUUACAAGUAAGGUUAAAAGCAGCACAGUGCCUGCGGCAGGGAACCAGUAAUGAGUUACAGCUGAGAAAUGGGUGCUUACUUUGACAGACGCGUAUGUGGGAUUGUGCUCCUGCUUUUAAUUGGAAGGUUAUUCAAUAGAAUAAUAUAACUAAAGUUUCCAACAUAAAGAGCAGUUACCAAACAGAAGUAGAAUUAUUCGCUAACAGUUGGGUUGUCCAGGCACACUUGGCAGUGAGAGGAUAGCAUUUUUUUCCCUUUUUCUCUGUAGUGCCAAACAGAACUUGGUAUAGAAGUACUUACUAAAUCACUAUUGAAUUUAAUAGAACAUUUAAAAGUGCACCAGAUUCAUUGUCCCGCAUGUUAAAAUGCAGGCUCCAGGAGGUAUUUUCUUUCUUGUUCACUACUGUAUCUCCAGCUCAAAUAAAAAGUACAAAUUGAAAGGGGCCGGGUGGAGACCAAACUACACUGGUCGCAAUCAAGAGAUCUUUAUUGGAGGUAUUGAGCAGCACCACGCAAGGAGAAGGAAGAGAAGAGAGAGAGGGCUGCUGGUGUGCUGGGUUUUAUAUCCCUUGGGCCUACGUGGAUUGGGCUAGGGGCGGGCCCAAGGGAAGGCGGGAGAUGCUUCUUUCUGAUUGGCCCUCCUUUGGCGGGUUCAGACAGUGCCCGGUCAAGGAGGGGAGAAGAACCCGCAACCGGACUCAUCUUAAGAUCUACUCAGGUCUGCCUGUAAAAGGAUCUCUUGGAUCAAUAAGCAUGAAUGACGAAGACUACAGCACCAUCUAUGACACAAUCCAAAAUGAGAGGACAUAUGAGGUUCCAGACCAGCCAGAAGAAAAUGAAAGUCCCCAUUACGAUGAUGUCCAUGAGUACUUAAGGCCAGAAAAUGAUUUAUAUGCUACUCAGCUGAAUACCUAUGAGUAUGAUUUUGUGUCAGUCUAUACCAUUAAAGGUGAAGAGACCAGCUUGGUCUCUGCCCAGUCAGAAGACAGAGGCUACCUCCUGCCUGAUGAGAUAUACACUGAGCUCCAGGAGGCUCAUCCAGGUGAGCCCCAGGAGGACAGGGGCAUCUCAAUAGAAGGGUUAUAUUCACCAACCCAGGACCAGCAACUCUGCCCAGAGGAGCUCCAGGAGAAUGGGAGUGUGAUGAAGGAAGACCUGCCUUCUCCUUCAAGCUUCACCAUUCGGCACAGUAAGACCUUCUCUACCAACAAGUAUUCCUCCACCUGCUAUUCUGAUGCUGAAGGUUUGGAAAAAAAGGAAGGAGCUCACAUAAACCCUGAGAUUUACCUCUUUGUGAAGGCUGGAAUCGAUGGGGAAAGCAUCGGCAACUGUCCUUUCUCUCAGCGCCUCUUCAUGAUCCUCUGGCUGAAAGGAGUCGUGUUCAAUGUCACCACUGUGGAUCUGAAAAGAAAGCCAGCUGACCUGCACAACCUAGCCCCCGGCACGCACCCGCCCUUCCUGACCUUCAAUGGGGACGUGAAGACAGACGUCAAUAAGAUCGAGGAGUUCCUGGAGGAGACCUUGACCCCUGAAAAGUACCCCAAACUGGCUGCAAAACACCGGGAAUCCAACACAGCGGGCAUCGACAUCUUUUCCAAGUUCUCUGCCUACAUCAAAAACACCAAGCAGCAGAACAAUGCCGCCCUUGAAAGAGGCCUAACCAAGGCUCUAAAGAAAUUGGAUGACUACCUGAACACCCCUCUACCAGAGGAGAUUGACGCCAACACUUGUGGGGAAGACAAGGGGUCCCGGCGCAAGUUCCUGGAUGGGGAUGAGCUGACCCUGGCUGACUGCAAUCUGUUGCCCAAGCUCCAUGUGGUCAAGAUUGUGGCCAAGAAAUACCGCAACUAUGAUAUCCCGGCUGAGAUGACAGGCCUGUGGCGGUACCUCAAGAACGCCUACGCCCGUGAUGAGUUCACCAACACCUGUGCAGCUGACAGUGAGAUCGAGUUGGCCUACGCUGACGUCGCCAAACGCCUCAGCCGAUCCUGAGCACAGCCAUUUUGCCCCAUCCCCACUGCAGAAGGACUUAACCACUCCCCUAAGACUCCAGCUUCAUAGACACCUCUUUAUCACUGCCUUGAGGUGCACUUUUUGUAAUCAAGCCUCAUCUUGCUGGUAUCAUGGGAACUCCAGCCUGCUAUCUUUCACGAAGGUCAGCACCAUCCCUGGCCUCCUCACAUAGGAAUCUAGCAGAAAUGAUAGACACAGUCCACCUCUCGGCCGGCCAGCCAGAUCUGGGCUCAGCAUGUUUGGGGUCAGUCAUUGUUGGAGAGCCCACAUAUGGGAUUGCCACUAGCUUCUUCUGCCAAUAUCAAAAUACCUUCUCAGACGCUUUAGAAACAUGCAAUACCAACUCCUUUUCUACCCUCCUCUCCGUCCAUACCUACAAGGUCAAGGACAAACAUCAUCUUCAUACUUCUUAGAAAGAGAUCUAUUACCCCAUUAGGGGAGACAGAGAGAGUGAAUGCAGGAGGACGGAGCUGGCUAUGGACUUGGGUGUCUGGCAAACACAGCUUCAGUCUCACUACUUCUGACACUCCGGUUAUUGGGCACUAAGGGCCAGACUGGAAAGUCACUUGAGACACAUUCUCAGUUUGUUGCAGUGCCAGGAAUGCUGCGCUGCUGCUGCUGCGCACCUGGCCCAUGCUGUCCCUGGCUUCCAUGCUGUCCAGGCCCUGCCAGAAAAGGAAAUUGGCAUGCAAUUCUAAACUGCAGUGACUGGGAUGGGAGGGGAGGGGAGCAGUGUUGAUGCCAAAAGGCUCAUGGGGUCUACCAGCCAUGGGGUUUGCUUGCUUAGGAGUAGUUGUUUCAGUGGUGAUUACAGGCCUGGAUUUGACUGUGCUUACCAAUGAGUGGUUUUUGAGCUAUGAGAAAGUGGAUGGGAGUGGGAGGAGGAGGGAUGGGUGAAGACAAAAGAGUUCUUUAUGAGCCUCAAUGUUCCCUGGUAAACUUUUAAAAAGGCCUUUUCUCAUGAUCUAAGUCUUGGACUGGUGGCAUCAUGUAACUGCUAACCUUACAGUAAAAACCCAAGAAUGGGCCAAAAAUGUCUUCCCAGUUUCUCCAAGCUGCUUCUGGAAUGCAGGUCUGUCUGCUGGGUGCUCUCCAGCAGCUGCUCCUGCCUGAUUCAAAUGUAGCUUGUAAUGGGUAAAAGCCACAUUUAGGAGGUGGUCUGAUCAUGGAACACCUUAGGAAGAAAGUCCAUGAGACUUUCUGACUAGGAAACCGUGUGGUUUGAACUUGAAGAAAAAUGUAGACCCAUCUGGGUUAAUUUUCCUACAAUCAGACUCAACUGCCAGGUGAAAAAAAAGGAAAAAUUUUUAAGCUUAUAUUUCACUCUUUUGUCAUUCUCCUUGAGUUUCAUCUCCUAAAAAGCUUACCCAGCCCGAGCUUGGGGAACUGUGCAGAGGAAACUAAGAAAAAUGCACUCAUCAACUCCCUCUCCCAGUGAACGCCCAGUGAGAAAAUCCAUUUGCCACAGGCCCUUACCUUCAACAACCCCCCUUCUAUAGUGUUUGCUGGGAAAGGGUGAGGCUCCCAAGUGCCGGAAAGCCCCUGGACUUGGCUCAUUUCUCAGCAAGGGCAGGACAGCACGGGUCCUUUCCAUAGAAACAUCAACAAAUUCUAACCCAAGCAAUCCCUGGACCUACCUGCCUCCAGGGAUCUCUGAAGAAAAAAAGUGACCCAUUGAUCAAAUCAGAGGAGAGGAAGCAGGAGGUCUCCCAGAGCCCAUUGAGGAAGAGGAACUUUCUCAGUAGGACACUUUAUAAGCCUGAGAAAGCUUUGAAAAGGCAGAAUGAGUUGAUUCAUUUCCACCUCUAAAGGAACCUUUCCAGGUCCCCCUGGAAACUGUGCCCUGGAGAUGUUUAACAAGGAGAACUGGUGAGGAAACAGUCCUUUUUUACUGUAGGGAAAAGCCCCAAACUGGCCUCCUGGGGGAUGAGGGCUGGAAUGAUCCCGAAGGCCUUUUAAUUAGUGUGAAAUCCUGUUGUACUCAGAAAUCCUUCCCCGAAUUUACAGCACAGGCAAGAUGACCUAAGAGGUAGUUUACUUCCCUGAGACCCACAGUUGGGCUGUUCUGGAAACACAUCUGUGAGUCAUAGCCAAUUGCCACAGAGAAAGCAGAACCAAGCCUCCGGUGAGGCGACUCCACCCCAGAGAAGUCUGCAGAAUUCCACGGACUGGGAUUGGAUGUUCAGAAUUCAGCAACUGGCAAGUCCUUAAAAACAAACAGGCCAAACCAAAUCAAUAUUGCUGUUUCUAGAUGUCCCUUCUGUGGCUAAGUUAGUUUUGCAGAGAUAAAUAUAUUAAGACAAGGAGGUGGGGGUGUUAUAUGAUCAAUUAUAGCCAUUUAAAAGAGAGGGAGGAGUUACAGAAGGAAGGCACUUCUGGGUACUUAAUUCAGAAAUUUCUUUAUAUUUCAGCACUGGAUUAUCAUAUAAUGCAAGUGACUAUGGACUAAGAGUUAUGGUGUCUUAUGACUAGAUUUAUUAUGUUAUAUUAAAGUGAUGAUAAUAUUAA